GUGGGGAGUCGCUGAGACGUCGGGGUGAUGGUCCGAACGGAAACGCGGCCUUCGCAGGAACCUAACUAACUUUUGAGCUUAAACAAUCGUUGGCAAGCUGUCCUCUCCAACUAUCCAAUCCACAGUCAGCAAGCAUGUUCUGCUGAACCCCGCCAUACCUCGACCCAGGGCUUCUCUGCCUUUGCAUCGUAGCCUUUCCGUUCUGUUUGUAUAGUAUUUCAUCUACCUUCCUGUCCUCAUAGAAUAAUUGCCGUAAUGGAGAACCCUCACGAUCCCCCGCGCACGCCUACGAACGCCGCCGAUGACACGAUUCCACUCUCGACUCCCCAGCCCGAGGGCGCCGCCCCCACACACCACCCCCAGCCGCAAGACCUCGUGGCCGAAUCCGUUGAAACCGCCCAGGCCAACGUCUCCCAUGCGACGAGCCCGCCCAUGAGCUACCAGUCUCCCGAGACGCUAGAAACCGCCCCGCGCACCUCGUGGGACGCCCACCCCGUCAAUGGCCACAGCCGCACCAACACCUUGGAGCUGGCCGCCGCGCUGGACAAUAGCGACGAUGAUUUCUUCAGCCGUCGCUACGACUCGGAAGCACAACCUGCGCACGACUAUGCGAGGGAAACAACUACCGCGCCUGAAGAGGCUCCGGCUGUAGAGGCUCCAGCUCAUCCUUCAGAACCGUCACAGGCGACCGAGGGGGCAGCAGCAGCACCGUCUGUGGAUGACCAGGUACUGAAGUCUGCGCAGAAGCCGGAUUUGCCACCCAACGCAGAACCACUCCCAGUCUCUGCGCAAGACCCAGUCCCUGUAGAUGAACAGUUUCCCGCGCCUGCCCACGAUUCGACCCAAGACCCCGUCGAGGAACAAGUUUCCCAUCCAACCGAGGACUCGGAGUCCGCCCGCAUUGAUGACGCAGUCUCUGUGCCGAUUGAACAGCCAGAGCCGGGUCGUGCGGAGGGCCCUGCGCCCACACCGCUUGACGAGGCGGCCCCGACGCCUGCUCACGAACAGCCUGACAUUGAGACCAUUGAUACCGAGGCGUUGCAUGCAACCAAUCCCGCAGCGGAAGCGUCCGAUGAGCAUGCAAAUUACGAACAUUACGAACACCAAGGCGAAACUACGGCCCUCGAGCAAGCAGCCCAGGAGAAAGCGGAUGCGCCAUUGGCUGAAGACACCGGUUCGCCGAACGUCGAAUGGGGUGCGACAGACACGUUCGACCUUGGAACUCAUACAAUGCCGGUAGAGGAAGCGAAAGCGGAGACUUUCCCAGAGGUGCAGCCCGAAGAUUCGGUCGUUCACCAGGAAGCCGAGAACGAGGCUGCAACUGCGGUUGAGCAAUCAGCACCCGACCUUGAUUGGGGCGCCGCUGAUGCCGAGGACUUCGUUCUGGGAACACAAGAAGCUGGAGUGGAACAGGUGCAACCGGAACCGAUGUCGCAUCAGGAACCCGAGAUGGCGCCGGCGGAUAUAGCUCCUGAAUCUGGUGCUGUGGAACGCGACUGGAACCAGGUCGAAUUGGAGUGUGGCACAGCACCAGAUGGUCCUUUUAAUGUCAGUUUAGAACCAACAAGCGAAACAGCGUAUGCAGAGGAUCAUGCUCCAACACACCAGGAGCCUACUGAUCAUGGCAUCGCUACGACCGAGGAACAUGGCACUGGGAAUUUGGAUUGGGGCAAGGUUGAUGAAGAUAUCGAUUUUGAUGCCAUCACUCAGCCCACCCAAGAAACCAGUGCCGAGGCGCCUUCUACGGCAGAGGUACCGACGGAGGCCCCUCAGGCUGGAGUUCCUCAAACUGAAGUUUCUCAAACGGAAACCUCUAGCUUUGCGCCUAAAGAGCCUGAAGUCCAGAAUACGGCCAUGUUUGAGUCAUCUGACGGUCCGGAUUUGGAUUGGGGUAAUGCCGGUGAUGCCGAUAUAGAUUUUGGCGCCAUUGCCCAGCCUGAACAAGCCACCAGUGCGGAAGUGCCCUCAACGGCGGAGGCACCACAGACAGAAGCUCCUAGCUUUGCACAUGAAGUGCCUGCAGUUCAAAAUGCUGCUACCGCUGAGCCAUCUGGCGCUCCAGAUCUGGAUUGGGGUACUGCUGAUGAUGCGGAUUUCGGUUUUGGUGCCAACACAUCCGAGGCGCAAGGAUUAGGACUUUCUGGUGCCGAAGAAAAACCCACAGAGAACAAGGAGCCAGACUUAAGCGCCAUGUGGGCUGAAGCGUUGGCCGACGAUGAUUUGCUGGACGACACUCCAGCGGAAUCCGGGUCGGUCGACCCCUCAGCAUUCUUCCUGGACGAAGACGAUGAAGGGUUCCUCGAUGACACUGUGCCUCAACCGGAUCAAAACGGUACUCAAACCCCUGACGCUGCUGCACCCGGCACGGUUUCGACUAGUGCAAGUAAAUAUGCGCCUGCUGCCCCUGCUCAGCCAGCACCGGCCCCAACUGUCACAAACCCAUAUGCUCCACAGGGCCUCCAGAAGGUGAAUCUGUCCCAACCAAGUAUGCCGGCACAAGUUUCGCCUUACGGCGCAUAUGCCUCUGCUUCACCAUAUGCCGCUUCCGCCCCCUUCCAACAACAACCAACUAGACCGGCGCCAACCUCCGCCCAGAGUUUUGCGGCCAAAUCGAAAGGCGGUUACUCUUCGCCCUACGACCUGCCAGAAGACAUUGUGAAGCCCAAGAGGCGAGCUCCAGUGCAUUCCCAGACGAUGCCUAUACCGCAGCAAAGAGCACCACCUCCAAGGAUCAGCAGCAUGUACUCCAACCCUGCCAGUCCCGCAAUGCCGCCUCCGUCUGCUGCGAGCAUGUCGCCGGCGAUGGCUAGUCCUUCUGUGCAGCCGCCUACUGGUGCGUUCGGUGGAUCAGCCCCUCCGGAAAGGCCCAAGCCGCCGACUUCAAAGCCCAGCAGUGGUUUCUUUGAGGAGCUACCUGUGGUGCCUAAGCCACGGCCGUCUGGAAGAUAUACUCCGCAAGUCAUUGCACCUACUCCUCCCCCUCAGCAGGCCGUGCCACCUCCGGGCCCUCCACCGGCCCAAUUCCAGCCUCCUCCGCCUGUCAGGCAGAGCUCCCAGACUUACGCGCCCCCGCCGCCGGUCGCUGCUCCAGUGCAGAGGCCAGCCUCAACUGUUUAUGCUCCUCCGGUCCCUCCUCCGGUUCAGAGGCCUGCUUCGACGACAUAUGCCGCCCCUGUUGUUCCUCCAGUGCAGAGGCCUGCAUCGACGACGUAUGCUCCUCCGACUGUUCCUCAGGUGCAAAGAUCUGUUUCAUCCUAUGCCCCUGCGGCUGCUCAGCCGGUACCUCCUCCGAUGCCGAGAUCCACGACAGCAUACGCACCUCCUGCCGCUCCUCAAUUGCAACAGCCUGAGCGUUUGGAUCCUUUCCCAGCGGCUGCAACGACGUCUGCCACAUCGACACUUGCACCAGUACCUCCAGCAGUGCCUGCCACAGCAGCCAGGUAUUCUCCUGCUCCGCCCGCGGCCCCCGCUGUCGCUUCGCGUUAUUCGCCUGCUCCUCCUUCCGCGCCAAGCACAGGAUCGAAGUAUUCUCCCGCUCCUCCGUCUGCUCCUCUUAACCCGCAGAAUCGAUACUCUGCCGAACCAACCGUGCCUCUUCCUAAGCCCGCGACCAUGCCUUUCGCUCCAAGGACUUCGAGCCCUCUGGCAUUCCACAGCACACCACACCACCAAGAGCACGUGCCACCACCAAGGCCGUCUUCUUCGACAUCGUUGCAACAGAGCAUAGCUUCUGUAGAAGACAGCUAUCGGAGGGCAAGUCUCGAGCCGGUGCAGGAGACUCUCCUGCAUACCGCGCAAAAACCUGCGACACCGCCACCACCGCCGAGGAGUGUGCCUGCUUCUGUUGUAGGAUCGCCGAAGAGACGUUCCACUGCCAACUACACUCCGCAGUCCGCCUACGCACCGCAGUCCAGUUACACUCCUCAGUCCAAUCCGCCGCAGUACCACCGUAACUUUGUCUCUUCGCCUGGCCAAGAUUCUGAGAUGCCGCCGGUGCGCCGCUCGCAGUCACAGUCUCCCGGAGCCACCAUGAAAGGACCUAAGUUGGCGAUGGCGCCCAUUGAACGGCCUGCUUCCGUCACUGGUUUAGCCUCUCCUGUGGGAGGACCCCAAGCGCAAUAUACCCCCAGUGUGCCUGCCUCUGCAGGCCGUAAACGCACGUUUUCUGUGAACCUUAAUUACAUCAAGCCUACUGACGAACUCGCAAUGGAUCCUCUCGAGCGAUGGAAGGGUUCACCGAUUUUCAAGUGGGGGCUUGGCGGUUCCGUCCUGACCACAUUCCCCAAGCACAUCCCUCGAUAUGGCACUGGCGCUGUUGGUGCUAUGAUCAAGUGUACUCCAGGUGAGGUCAAGCUUCAAAGUGCCAAGACGCUAUGCCCUCUAUCAGACUCGGUCGCAAAAUUCCCCGGUCCGCUCAAGACCAAGGGCAAGAAGAAAGAUGUUCUCGGCUGGCUCAAGUCUAACAUAGAGUCGAUGGAUAAAGACUACCGCGAGAAAAUUUUCAACGGGGAACUGCUCGCGGAGGCAAGGACAAGGUUUGAAGAGAAGAUCUUGCUUUGGAAGAUACUGGAGAUCUUUGUUGAGCAUGACGGCCAUCUCGAAGGCUCUGACGCAGUCAACCAGGCUGUUAAAAAGGUUCUGGCACCCGAAGGCUCAGAAAGCAGCGAGGGUGGUCCAGUGCUUACCUCGGCCGACCUCAUGGGUCAGACUACGUCGACUGGAUCCGCUGUAACAGCCGAGCCGAUUGACCCCCAGGCCGUUGACCAACUUCGUGCCCACCUACUAAAAGGUGAUAGGGAAAAGGCCGUCUGGGAUGCUGUUGAUAAGCGUCUAUGGGGUCACGCAAUGCUCAUUGCUUCCACCUUGAGCAAAGAUUUGUGGAAGCAAGUUGUCCAAGAGUUUGUGCGUCAAGACGUCAGGAAAGUGUCCGGCAACAACCAGUCUCUCGCUGCACUGUACGAGGUCUUUGCCGGAAACUGGGAAGACAGCAUUGAUGAACUCGUUCCCGCCUCUGCAAGAGCCGGAUUCCAGAUGGUCAGCAAGACUGACAGGUCCGGUGCCAAUACGAACGUGCUCGAAGGGCUUGAUCGUUGGCGCGAGACCCUUCUUCUUGUGACUAGCAACAGAAGCGAGGGUGAUAACCAGGCUCUUGUGGCACUGGGCAAGCUCUUGGCGGGCUACGGCAGAGUCGAAGCUGCGCACAUCUGCUUCCUAUUCGCCAGGACAGCGGUGAUCCUAGGUGGUGCUGAAGAUCCCGCGGCCCACCUGGUUCUGAUAGGCGCUGAUCGCUUCGAUGUGGGCAAGGAAAUGGAGCCUAUUCUCCUCACCGAGAUCUUUGAGUAUGCCGUUACGUUGUCAUCUAGCAUGGCUCCUCCGGCCAUCCCGCAUCUGCAAGCGUACAAGCUCGCGCGCGCUUUCACUUUGGCCGAGUAUGGCUACAGGACAGAGGCACAGGCUUACUGCGAUUCUAUCGCUGCUGCCAUGAAGUCCACGACCAAGGUGUCGCCCUACUAUCACUCGACUUUGGUGUCGGAGCUGGAUGAUCUCAUUAAGCGACUGUCACAAUCGCCCAAGGAUGGUUCGUCUUCUUGGAUAUCAAAGCCCACCAUGGGUAAGGUGUCUAGCAGUGUCUGGUCGAGCUUCAACAAGUUUGUCGCUGGAGAAGACGAUAGCGAUGGCGCUUCGACUGGAGGCGCUGCGGCUGACCAACGCAGCCCCUUCGCUAAGAUGUCAGGUGAAACGCCUACAGUCAGCCGCUCGCCAUCCGUUGCAGACCUGUCCGGGUCUUUCGGCGCGGCCAUGAGCGGCAUCAACUCUUCAGCUGUUGCCGGCUCAAGAUAUGCUCCCGCUGCGCCAAGUGCUUAUGCUCCCCGUUCCUCGAUGGAGAAGGCCAGUCGUUAUGCUCCGCAAAACUCAUCGCCGUAUGCGCCGAGCAGGUCUUCGAUGGAGACGAUGGAACGUCCUGAUAUGGUCACGGAUCCGAUGUUUGCCCAUCAAGAGACGCCACCAUCGUCGUACAACCCGUCUUCUCAGUACGCGCCCAAACCUGCCAGCGUUUAUGCGCCUAGCGGGUUGAGCUCUACAACUUCCCCUCCCAACUCGAUGAACCCGUUGGGAAGCCCUUACAGCCCGACAACGGCCAUGGGCAGCUACCAACCUCUUGCCGCCACCAUGCAUAAUGAAGCGGCCGGGGAUAACGCACCCCAGACGAACAAUUUUGGACCGCCUCUCGGCUCGAACGGGCCCCAAAAGAGCCCUUACGAACCUCAAACGAGUCCUUACGACCCCCCAGCGAGCUCUUACGAACCGCCUACGAGCUCUUACGAACCACCAACAAGUUCCUAUGAGCCGCCCUCGUACCAGCCUUAUGAACCCGAACCCGAAGAAGAGAAGGAGGCCGAAACGAAGCCAAAGAAAUCGAUGAUGGAUGACGAUGAUGAUGAUGAAUUGGAGCGUCGCGCCGCCACGCUGAAGGCGCAGCAGAAGGCUGAAGCGGACCGCAUCGCUGAUGAGGCGUUCCGCAAGGCCGCAGAAGCGGAUGCCGCCAAGGAAAAGAACCCACCCAAGAAGGGCGGCGGCAGCUGGCUGGGCGGCUGGUUCAAGAAAUCCGCCGACACAGACUCGCCCAAGCCCAUCCGGGCCAAGCUCGGCGAGGAAAACUCCUUCUACUACGACCCCGACCUCAAGAAAUGGGUCAACAAGAAAGCCGGCGCCGAGCAAACUUCGACGCCGUCAGCGACGCCACCCCCGCCCAAGGGCGGCCCGCCCCCCGGCCUCCGCGGCGUCGCGUCGACCAGCAACCUGGCGGGCGCCGCGGCCGGCGGCCCGCCAAAGGGCCUCGUGCCGCCCGGCGCGCUCAACGCCCAGAUGCGCAGCACCAGCAUGCCGCCGCCGAUGGCGAUGGCGGCGUCGGCGCCGGGGACGCGGUCGGCGACGCCGGCGGGCGCGCCGCCCGGUGCGGCAGGAGACUCGCCUGCGCUGGGGGGACCGCCGCCGCCGUCGGGGCCGCCGAGUCGUCCGGCCACGAGCAUGAGUAAUGCCAGCAGUAUUGAUGAUUUGUUGGGGGUGCCGGCGCCGAGGAAGGGGGCGGCGAAGAAGGGGAAGAGGGGGGGACGGUACGUCGAUGUUAUGGCGAAGUAGGAAUAGUGGUGGUAGUAGUGGGUGGGAUGCAUGGAGGUAGGAAGAGCGCGUUUGGUUUGUCGUUUUUUUGUUUUGUACAGUGGGUGGGAGUCUGGGGGUGCGUGGGGUAGUGGUUGCGUGGGUGCGUGGUUUGUACGAUAUCAGGACCUGUGGACGUGGUUAUAAUGGCAUGCGUGUUUUCUUUGCUGGAGAUGUUGGUGUGUUUGUUCGUGUGUUGUGAAUGGAUGGGUGGGUGGGUCUGUGUGUGUGGGUUGGUGUGGGAGGUGCGUGCGUAUAGUCUUCUGCUCCAACCGUCUUCCUCGUCCUUGGCACAUACUUACGUACAACUCUCUCUUUCUCUCUCUCUCUCACGCAAUCGUUCUCGCAGUAAAGUAAACCGACUGAGUAGGCAACCAGUGGCGCGCGCUGCUGCUGCUGCCAGACUACAUGGAUGGAAUACCUACCUACCGAGUUGUAGAUACCUACAGUCUAGCUGCCGUAAGAACUCUCGCU